CUGUCUUGUAAAAUAGCACAGCAAAGUAGUUCACGUUCUUGGUAUAGAUAGUAAUAAUAAUAAAGUUUCGAAUGGAUUUUGCUCGUAAACUAUUGAAUAAAUACGGAUGGAAAGAAGGAGAAGGUUUAGGAAAGCAUAACAAUGGCAUUGUCAAACCCUUGAAAGCUAGUAUGAAAUUUGACAAUGCUGGACUUGGUUCUGAUCAAGCAGCCAGUGAUUUCAAUAACCAUUGGUGGGAACGCGUUUUCAAUGAGGCCGCAGAAAAUGUUGAUGUGAGAACGACAAAAAAUGGUGUAAGUGUGGACCUAAAAAACAAAGACGAAAGUGUAGAAAUAACUACAAAGGAGUAUUCGGUGAAAAAAUUGAAAAAAGCCAAGGAUCAAAGUUGCCCAAGUGACACCCGAUAUGAUAAUUUUMUACAAUCAGCCACACUUACAAAAUCGGGCGAUGAAAUUGAAAAUCCCAACAAAAUUGCUGUUGCAGACAUAUCCGUUAAGAAAUACAAACCUUUAACAGACGAAGAGUUAUUUCGAGCUUGUGGKGGACGUACUGCUCAUAAAGGAGCACGGCAUGGGUUGAAGUUAAGUGGAAAACUAUCUCGUAUAGAACAGCAAGAGCAGGAACUUUUGGCUAAAAUGGAAGAAAAGAUCAAGGAAUCCGCAAAAAAGGAUUUCAAAAAGAAAUCUGAUUUAAAUGUGGCACAUGAAGAAGCAAAGAAAAAGAAGAAUAAGGAACAGGAAAUAACCGAUUUAAAUUUAAGUAAAGAAAAUAAUUCUUUAACUGAAUUAAAGAAAAAUAAACGAAAAGACAGUCCUGAAAAUAGCAACAUAAACGCAGAUGUAAAUAUCAGAAAAACAAAGAAAACUAAAUUAAUGACUACGAAUGUUGUUCCAGAAGAAGUGCUAAAUGUAAAUGAAACCAGAGUUUCUAGCUCUGUCAAUUCAAGCCAAAAUAAAAGGCGAAAAGAAAACUCCGAAGACCCACCAGAAAAAAGUAAAAAAUCGUCAAAAAACAAAAGAAAACUAAAAUCGAGAGACCAUAUGGGUGAUGAACAUCGUGGUAAAAGCGAUGUAAAUAUAUCAAAUAAAUCAGAAAGUAACAAAAAGAGAAAAAAGCACAGAACAGAGAURCCUUUAAAUAAUAGUGAUAAAUAAAAAAGUAUAUAUACA